AUGCCGAAGAAUAAGGGCAAGGGCGGCAAGAACCGCCGUCGCGGAAAGAACGAAAAUGACAAUGAGAAGCGCGAGCUCAUCUUCAAGGAAGAAGGCCAAGAGUAUGCCCAGGUCAUCAAGAUGCUGGGCAACGGCCGCCUGGAGGCCUAUUGCUUUGAUGGCGUCAAACGUCUUGGUCUGAUCCGCGGCAAGCUCCGCAAAAAGGUGUGGAUCAACAACGGCGACAUCAUCCUCAUCUCGCUCCGCGAAUACCAGGACGAAAAGGGUGAUGUCAUCCUCAAGUACACCGCCGAUGAGGCGCGCACCCUGAAGGCCUACGGUGAGCUCCCCGAUACCGCAAAAAUCAACGAGACCGACACCUUCGGUGGUGCCGACGACGGCGACUGCGGGUUCGAGUUUGACGAAGACCGCGACAGCGAGAGCGACGAUGGCGGUGCCGCCGACGACAAGAAGAAGGAGAUCGAUAUCGACGACAUCUAA